AUGUCCGAGUACAGGAACAGGCUGUCCAAGUACGAGACUGUGCUGGCCAAGUACAAGGCCGUGCUGUCCAAGUAUAGGAACGUGUUGUCCAGGCGCAGGACUCCCACGGCAAACAUUCAAGAUCUUCCAAACGAGAUUCUUGAAGUCAUCUUCGAGUUUGCCCUGCCGAGACAGCAAUAUUUCGACAAACCCGAGCUCCCCUUCUUCGAGCGGCCCUAUGACUUCGAAGCAGUCCGUAAUCUGGCACCUACUUGUCGCCGAUUCAAAUCAACGGUAGAUGACAUGCGCUUCCGCUACUUGUUCGCCUUCGAUUUGGUAGGCGGCAGAAGAUGCUGCGACUCUGACUCCGACUCUCAUCACACCAGCCUCAGCUGCCUCUAUGGUCUAUACUGUGCGCUUCAGGAGAAUCCCGAGCUUGGGCAAAAGUGCCGAGUGUUCAGGGCACACAUGACGAAGCCCGGAAGCAUCGAGGGAGGUCUCUCCUGUCUCGUCGGCAUCCUCUCCCGCCUUCCAAACGUGACAAAGGUUUGGAUCGAUGUUGCGCAUGGGGAUGUAUCCGUGCGGCCGCGCUUGUAUCCCUGGCGUACCUCGUUUGCUCCAGUUCUGGGCCAGUUCAAGAACAUGUCAAGGUUGACCGAGAUUUAUCUUUCCCCCAUGGACCAUCUCGAGAUGAUCAAGUUAUCCCAGGCUCACUGGCCGCCAUCAGCAAAGAAAUUGCACAUGGCAAUGCCGACUUUCGGAGGCAUGGUGCCCAAUAGAAAGAUGCAACAAAACCCGACGUUUAAAAUCACAUCGCUUUCCACAUACAUGGUUAGGAUGCCCACAGAAUUGCCCCAGUUACUCAACGAUUGGCCCACGGCCCUCGAGGACUUCACCAUCAGUCUCCGUCAAGUACCCCGACACUACCGAAUCAUUCCUGCCUUUCUCCAACGGCACAAAGCAAGUCUCCGGGCCCUUAGAGUGAUAGGGGGCAAGUGUACUUGGUUAUUCAACCUCUCCGACUUCACGGCUCUGGAACACCUUACCUUUGACUCGGCCGUGAGCCGACGCUAUGACGCGGACGAACAGCCGGUCAGUGACCCGACGGCAAGUGGCAUCUUCGGCCCCAAGUUGAACAAGAUCACCUGGCUCCUUCGCAGCCCCGAUGAAGGGCUAGCCCUAAACCCUGAUGCCGAUAUGGGGUUUGAGGCUUUGGCCCGGGAAGCUCAUCGUGUAGGAGCGGCUUUGGAGGAAAUACACAUUGUCUUGGUCCCAAGAGGAGCAUCCGAAGCAUCAGUCUCGGCGCCAGCGCCUGUCAUCUGUCGCCAAGCGAGUGUUGGCAAAGUCAGCAUCUCAUACAGUGUGGCCGAGUUGUCUGGCGAUCAGAAGCUUGCGCUCCUCCGCCAACAGGUCGCUCCUGUCCCAGGGAGAAAAAGAUGCAGCCUUCAUAGACUGAUAUCGAGUCUGUACGACUAA